AUGGACGUCACAGCUCUUCGAGACCGCAUCCAAACUACACUGGAUCCGAAUACGAGUAUUCGCCAGCAAGCGGAGCUGGAUCUCAAAUAUGCCGAAUCUCAGCCCGGUUUUAUCAAUGCGCUGUUGGAUAUUCUUCAGGGCGAGCAGAACAACGCCGUUCAACUCUCUGCCGGUGUCUACCUCAAGAACCGUAUCAACAGAGGUUGGGCGCCUAUCGACGACAACCCGCAGCGUGCCCCCGUUCCCGAAGCUGAGAAGCCCGCUUUCCGUGAGCGACUGAUCCCUGCCCUGGCCUCGACCCCGCCCAAUGUCCGCGCCCAGCUCGUCCCUCUUCUCCAGAAGAUCCUGCAGAACGAUUUCCCUGAGAAGUGGCCCGGUUUCCUUGAUCUGACCCUUCAGCUUCUCGGUACAAAUGACGCGAAUACUGUAUAUGCUGGAUUGCAGUGCCUUCUGGCCGUCUGUCGCGUUUAUCGCUACAAGGCCGGAGAGAAGCGGGAGGAGUUCGAUAAGAUUGUGGAGCACUCGUUUCCACAGUUACUUGGUAUCGGUCAGAGACUAGUUGAUGAGGAGAGUCUAGAGGCGGCCGAGAUGCUUCGGAUUAUCGUCAAGUCCUACAAACAUGCCAUUUAUUUCGAGCUUUCGCCGGCCCUUCAGACCCACCAGGCCACUGUGGACUGGUGUACAUUGUUCCUGCGAAUCAUCUCCAAGACGCCCCCCCGCAAGCUCCAUGGGAGACUCGAAGGAGGAGCGCGAAUUGAACCACUGGUGGAAGUAUACGGUAACCCCUCCACGAUGACCAAGUCCUCUACGCCCGACUACACCCAGUACGCAAAGACCUUCAUCACCACUUUUGCGCCGGAAAUCCUCAAGGGAUACCUCCAGGAGAUCGACAAGUGGGUGUCCAAGUCCCAAUGGCUCAGCAACCCUGCUCUCUCCUACACUUUGAUCUUCAUGGAGGAGUGUGUCAAGCCCAAAGCGAUGUGGGAUCACUUGAAGCCGCAUAUGGAUAACCUGAUCGCGCAUUUCGUCUUCCCUACUCUCUGCCAAUCGGAUGAGGAUAUCGAAUUGUUCGAGGAGGACCCUUCAGAAUACCUUCACCGCAAGCUAAACUACUAUGAGGAGGUUUCAGCUCCUGAUAUCGCUGCAACAAACUUCCUUGUUGCCCUCACCAAGAACCGGAAGAAGCAGACAUUCGCGAUUCUUACAUUCGUCAACAGCGUUGUCAGCAAGUACGAGGCUGCCCCCGAUGACCAAAAGCUUCCCCGAGAGAAGGAGGGUGCUCUGCGUAUGAUUGGCUCUCUUUCUUCGGUCAUUCUGGGCAAGAAGAGCCCUAUCGCGGAUCAGGUCGAAUACUUCUUCGUCAGACACGUUUUCCCUGAAUUCCGCAGUCCUCAUGGAUUCCUGCGUGCCCGGGCUUGCGACACCCUCGAGAAGUUUGAACAGCUUGACUUCAAAGACCCCAACAACCUUAUGGUUAUCUACCGCAAUAUCCUGGAGUCGAUGACUGAUUCCGAACUGCCCGUCCGUGUGGAAGCCGCUCUUGCCCUGCAGCCGCUGAUCCGCCACGAUGUCAUCCGUACAUCGAUGCAGCAGAACAUCCCGCAGAUUAUGCAGCAGCUUCUUAAGCUGGCCAACGAGGUUGAUGUUGAUGCUCUGGCCAACGUCAUGGAGGACUUUGUUGAAGUUUUCUCUGCGGAACUGACUCCUUUCGCCGUGGCCCUGAGUGAGCAACUGCGCGACACCUACAUGCGCAUUGUUGGUGAAGUUCUUGAGCGAAACGCCACCAAGGGUGAUGAGGAGGGCUUUGGUGACUUUUUGGACGACAAGAGUAUCACCGCAUUGGGUGUUCUACAGACCAUCGGAACCCUCAUUCUGACCCUUGAGAGCACUCCUGACGUUCUCUUGCAUCUCGAGACCAUUCUGAUGCCAGUUAUCAGCAUCACAUUGGAGAACAAGCUCUACGAUUUGUACAACGAAAUCUUUGAGAUCAUCGACAGCUGCACAUUUGCAUCCAAAAAUAUUUCGCCCACCAUGUGGCAAGCAUUUGAGCUGAUCCACAAGACCUUCAAGGGCGGCGCUGAGCUCUACCUGGAGGAUAUGCUCCCUGCACUCGAUAAUUAUGUUUCUUAUGGAUCCGACAUGCUGGUUCAAAACCCAGCUUACAUUGGUGCCCUCGCUGGAAUGGUGGAGGAUAUCUUCCGGAACGAGAGUAUCGGUGGUGUUGAUCGCAUCAGUGCUGCCAAGCUCGCUGAGGCUCUCAUGCUCAACCUUCGCGGCAGCAUCGACCAGUAUAUUCCUCUUUUCAUCGAGUUGUCCAUGAGCAUCCUUGACCCCGCCGAUGUGAAGGCCAAGACUUACCGCAUCCACCUGAUGGAGAUGACCAUCAAUGCCAUCUACUACAACCCCGUUCUCAGUCUCCAGGUCCUGGAGGCCAAGGGCUGGACUAACAAGUUCUUCAGCCUCUGGUUCUCCAACAUCGACAACUUCCGUCGUGUUCACGAUAAGAAGCUGUCUAUUGCCGCCAUCAGCUCGCUUCUUACCAUGAAGGCGGGUGAUGUUCCCGUCAGCGUCCAACAGGGCUGGCCAAGGCUGCUGCAGGGUGUGACAAGACUCUUCCAGACUCUGCCUGCUGCUCUUAAGCAACGCGAUGAAACUACCAAAGAGUCCGACUUCACUCUCGAUGACGACUUUGACGAUGAAGAUGAGGACAAUGACUGGGAUGGUGAAGUCGAAUGGAACGAGGAAGAGGGUGAGACUGCAGCUGCCCUUGAUGGUGACGUUGCGGAUGAGAGUGCUGCCUACCUCGAAUUCCUCAACCAGGAGGCUCGGAAAUUCGGCUCGUUCGCCGAUGACGAGUUUGAAGAUGAGAUGGACGAGGAGAGUCUACUUGAGACUCCAUUGGACAAGCUUGAGCCGUACGGCAUGUUCAAGAAUGUAUUCCUGAACCUCCAGUCAGAGCAGCCCCAGCUGUAUGACAGCCUGAUCAAGGUCCUUGGCCCCGACGAGCAACAGAUUAUUCAGGCCGUCUUCCACGAGGCCGACGCCAAGGCUAUGGUCGCUGCUGCCAACGCCGAAGCCGACGCUGCAGCGGGUAUGCAGUCCAACGGCAACCAAUAG